GGGACCAGUAGCGGGGAUUCGAUUGGGAUUGCAAUCGGUCAUUCCGGCUGCUUCCAAAACUUUGUCAAUCAAACCAGUCUGGUUCAAAUUUGA